UGUUCUUGAUGAGGCUCGCUCGAAACUCGAACACUCAUCUCUCUCUCUCUCCCUCCCUCUCCCUCUAUCCGUCACACCAUUAAGCUAAAUUGAGCCGGAAUCCUAGUUGACAGUCCUUGCUAAAUAUAGCGAAACCACAGCGGAAAGAAAAGCAGCAAACAAAUGGCUCAUUCAUGCUUCGCCACAACUUCUUCAAUCCCCAGAUUCAGUACUCCCAUCAUCCCCACAGACAACACUUCCUCUCUCUCUCAACCCCACUCUAUCUCUCUUCCCUCCACGCUACUUCGCCCAAGGAAAGUGAAAUCAGUUCGAAGGGAAAACAAUCGGCGAAUUUCUCCGGCGAAGGCUCUGUAUUCUAGCGGCGGUUGGGAGUCUGAGAGGAGUUUCCGGCAAGGGAUUUGGUCCAUAAGAGAUGAUUUGCAAGUUCCUUCGUCGCCGUAUUUUCCUGCUUAUUCACAAGGAGGUCAAGGGCCACCUCCAAUGGUACAAGAGCGUUUCCAGAGUGUGAUCAGUCAGCUGUUCCAACAUAGAAUUAUACGUUGCGGUGGAGCGGUUGAUGAUGAUAUGGCAAAUAUUAUAGUCGCUCAGCUUCUUUAUCUUGAUGCUGUUGAUCCGAACAAGGAUAUUGUCAUGUAUGUGAACUCUCCAGGAGGAUCAGUUACAGCAGGUAUGGCUAUAUUUGAUACCAUGAGGCAUAUUCGACCAGAUGUCUCCACUGUAUGUGUUGGACUGGCGGCUAGCAUGGGUGCUUUUCUUCUUAGUUCUGGAACCAAAGGGAAAAGAUACAGCUUGCCGAACUCAAGGAUUAUGAUCCAUCAGCCUCUUGGUGGAGCGCAAGGUGGGCAAACCGAUAUAGACAUUCAGGCAAAUGAGAUGUUGCAUCAUAAGGCCAACUUAAAUGGGUACCUCUCCUACCAUACUGGUCAAAGUCUCGAGAAGAUCAACCAGGACACUGAUCGUGAUUUUUUCAUGAGCGCAAAAGAAGCCAAAGAUUAUGGGCUCAUUGACGGUGUUAUCAUGAAUCCUCUCAAAGCACUCCAGCCGCUACCUGCUACCGCUGAUCAGUGACAACCUAGCUCGGCAUGUCAACAUUCUCCAGCAAUUGUAAUAUUUGUCAUGUGGCCGCGCUACAGAGAUGAAUGUGAUUGAUCACGAUAUCAUAUCACCUGUUCUUUUGCGUGGUUUUUAAGGGAAGAAAACACUAGCAUACAAAUCCUGCCAUUAGAAUCGUCGAAGAAGUAGCUUGCAUUCCUUGUACCCAAAAAGCCAGGAAACACGCUCUUCCCGGAAAAUAGGGUAGCUUACAAAUUGUAGCAAUGACUCUCAGCUUUAGAACUCUAUGCAUGCUCUUCUUGGAUGUUUUGCGGCUGCUUGACUUUACAAUUGAGAAUUACUUUUUAUUUAUAUUUAGUUUCUGAUAUAAUUCGGAAUUUA